AUGUCGCCUUCAUCAAGAUCCUACUCUAUUGUCGAACCACAUCCCUCCGUCACCACCAGCACACACUACAUCUCCACGGGGCGAGGCGGGAUCGGCAACGCUGUGCCAUCCUCCUCAUCCAGCGCCUCAGCAUGGGGUGGCGGUAGCGGCGCCACAGGCGCAUCACGGCUCGGCUCCUUGUCAUCGACGACUUCAUCCACCGCCAGCUCCAGGAAGACCUUCACGACCGGCCGCGGCGGCGCGGGCAACGUGUUCCCCAGCUCCGAGCGCGCCAUCUUCAGCUUCGACGAGGAACUCGAGCAGCAGCUGCGGUGGGAGCGCGACGCGGCGCCCGUGUACCACGUCGGCCGAGGCGGAGCGGGCAACAUCGGCCACGUUAGCAACACCAACAGCAACUACAGAUUCAACGCUGCCGGCGCCACCAACACCGCCGGCCCCAGCGCGAUGAUGAGGCGGAGACCCAGCGAGGACAGCGCCGCCUCGGCCACGAGCGCGAGCUCCUCGCACGGCAGCGAGUCCGGCGCGGACCAAUUCAACCGCAGCGUGAAGAAGGGGUGGAAGAAGAUCACGGGCAUGGGCAUGCAUCAUCACCAGUAG